AUGUCGCUCAAACGCAAGGCGGUCGACCUGGCUGCCGAUGCUGCCAAGAAGCCCAAGAACAGUUCCAUUACAUCCUUCUUCUCCCAGCCGAAACCGAACCCGUCAACCUCGUCAAACAACCCGUCGCAGCCAGCCUCAUCCCCAACAGCACCCGAGACGAAGCCAGUUGUCUUCGACAAGGAAGCAUGGAUUGCGAAACUCACCACCGAGCAGAAGGAGCUACUCAAGCUCGAGAUUGAAACGCUGCAUGAAAGCUGGCUCGGCGCGCUUAAAGAUGAGGUCACGAGUCGUGAAUUCCUUGACCUCAAGCGCUUCCUAAAGCGUGAACUCGAGACGGGAAAGAAGGUGUUCCCGCCGGCGGACGACAUAUACAGCUGGUCCCGCCACACGCCUCUCCCCAACGUCAAAGCCGUCAUUCUUGGUCAAGACCCCUACCACAACCUCAACCAAGCUCACGGUCUAUGCUUCUCCGUCCGCCCUCCGACUCCCGCUCCGCCAUCGCUUAAGAACAUGUAUAUCGCGCUCAAGAAGGACUACCCAGAAUUCAAGCCACCACCGAAGAAUGGCGGGCUCCUGACACCCUGGGCUGAUCGUGGCGUGCUACUCCUCAACACCUGCCUUACGGUCCGCGCACAUGAAGCGAACAGCCAUGCCGGAAAAGGAUGGGAGAAGUUCACGCAGAAGGUCAUAGACAUCGUUGCUGCGAAGCGGACACGCGGAGUAGUCUUCCUGGCUUGGGGUAGCCCGGCGCAGAAGCGGUGCGUGAAGAUCAGCAGCAAGCAUUUGGUGCUCAAGAGUGUUCACCCUAGCCCGUUGUCUGCGGCGAAAGGCUUCUUUGACUGUGGACACUUCAAGAAAGCGAAUGCGUGGCUGAUGGAGAGAUAUGGAGAGGAUGGGACCAUUGACUGGAAUCUGGACGUGGCGCCGGAGGAUGCUGGCGUGUGA